GUCCAGGGAGGACAGGUCGUCCAGGAUGGUCCUGACAGUAACCGAGGACACACCGGCGGACAUGCUAACCGGAAGUAUGGAGCUUCUGGUCCAGCUACCACGAGACCAUCACCUGCACACGCAGAGGGUCACUGUCCAGCGCAGCACGCCGAUGAUGGAUCUCCUCGUGCAGAUCGCUACCGCUCACAAAUUGGCAGCUUCGAGCUACACUCUUCAGGCGGUCGGCGAACGCGGCCUGGUUCUACCUCAUCAGCCCAACACUCCGAUAGGUGCUCUCGACGCACUCCAGGUGAAACUUCUACCGAAACAGGGGACCUUCGUGCCUCGCAAGGCGAGGCAGGCAAAUCAACCGUUCGAAACGACCUUCAGGUUACAGGUGCAUCUGCCGAGAAACCAGCUCUACGUGUCGCGAGUCUCGCCGAAGACGAACCUGGGCGAGAUCCUGGACGAGGUGUGCCGCGAGAAGAACCUGGACCGGAACAAGUACGAGCUCCGUCAUCCAGCCAACCUAGAGGAGACAUUGGACCUCUCCUUGUCGCUCCAGGACUACCACCUGCAGGAGGUGACUUUGUACGCGAAACAGGGCAAGACCCUGGGGUCAGCCCUGAGCUCGCAGGACAUCAUGGCACUGCAGAGGCAGGAGGAAAGAAGGAGGCAACAAGCCAAGCAGGGGGUCUUCGGGUUCAUGUUCAAGAAAUCGAAGGAGAGCUCCUUGAGCACCGACAGCCUCGGAGGACGAAGUGCAUCCCCCGCCAGGAGCGACGAAACAGGUCGAAGUGCGAGUCCUUUGGCCCCUCCUGCAAGGCCCGUCCGAAAAAGGAGACCAGCUCCGAAACCUCCUGUGAUGGAGGCCGAAGAGAACUCCGGGGAUCCCUCCAAGGAGAAGAUCGUCAUAAGCCAUAGCAGAAACAGCAGCGACAGCUCGGGAUAUCACGAGGCUUCCGUUCUGAGUGAUAAUCCCGAUUCGGCGGCUCGCAUGCCGGAAACGCUUCCCAGGAGGAGCAGACCCCCAGGUCAAGUGGAAACCUCCAGGAAACUCGCCCAGACUUCCCAGGCCAGCAAGAGUCUUGGAAAUCUGGCUGCUGCUUCCAGCGGCAUGCAGCAUGGAAUCAGCAACACUUCGCUCAGCUCCACUGGUCUCCGAAAGAAAAGGGCGGCUCCUCCACCACCGAUAGCGAGGCCUUUGUCCUCGGCGAUCUCCACGCAGGCGUUGGAACGUAUCGUCGACUCGGAGGAGUCGUUAACAUCCGACAUGGAUUUGUCAAAACCACCGUCAGACAUCGGAGCUCCCUCCAAGGCGAACUCCGACAUCGACGUCCACUCCGGGAAAGCGAUUUCCGACAUCGUCGUCAACUCCUUGGAGUCGAAGCGCAAAUCAGAGCCCAAGUCCAAGAGUCGAUCCGACCUGGACGUGGGACCAAAUUCCUCCCCCAAGAUCGCCAGAAAGCCUGAGACCGACACGAGGGACCAGGAACCAGAAGUGACCUCGAAAACCCUGGAGCAUACCGUCUCGGAGACGGAGAUACCUUCCAGGGAAUGUAUUCAGGAUCCUCCUCAUGUAGAACCCGCUAGAGUAGCGAAGAGAGUUGGAGUACCCGUACCCAAACCUCGUAAGUUGAGUAAUCCGGAGAGCAUCGUCGCCGUUCUUCCCAAAGCACCCAAACGCAAAGCACCCUUGCCAUCGCCAUUGCCUAGGACUUCCCUCGAGCGAGCUCCCAUCGUAGCUGUAAAUGGUGCCCACGAAAAUGGUCCUCAGCAAGUAGAAACCGCUAGUCCCUCAUCCGAUACCUCGACUUCCGAAGACGGUCCCACCGGAGUCCGAAAUUAUGCAAAUGUCGAGGAACAUCCAAGUUUCGUUCACGAGAAUCUCGGCACUGGGAAGGAAAACGUUAGCGACGCUGAAGAGAAUGACGAAGAGUCAAGGAAAAUGCUUCCAAGCCGCAACGAAGACCCUAUAGAACAGUCUGGGGUAGAUCUUACAAGCGUUCCGUCACCUGAGAAUCUCUCAACUUUUGAGGAAGGGAAACUUGAAGACAACGUCGACGUGUCGGAAACGGAGAAGGAAUCGAAUGAUAAAUCUCAGAUGUCCUCGGAGACGUCGGAAAGGAUAUUUAGAAAAGGAUGCGGAACUUUCGGGGAUAGAAUUCAAUUUAAAAUCGGUAUACACGAUCCCAGCAACGAUGAAAUGAUGGGAAAGUACCUUGUGGAUGAUGGCAUGCCCAGAAGCCUCGAUAACGCGAGCUUAUCGUUCGAUAACGAGUCGAUUGGGCUAAGAGUGUCGAAGGAUGCGUCCCUGAAGCUGACAAAAAGCACAGGUGAUAUAUACAAGUCUUGCGCUAGCGAGGAUGAGAUGCUGAAGAGCAUCGGGAAUCCACCGAAGAGGAGAUCUUGCGCUGUCAUUUCCACGAUUCCUAAGUGCGAUCAUUUAGUGCCCAGAAAAGAAAAAUUGGAAAUUAGCAAGGCUAUAGGUAUCGCUGCCACUACAACCUUCAAGAAGAGUAACACUGUUCAUCCAAGCACUGAAGAAGAUGCGAAUCAAAGCUCAGACUGUAAUAAGACUUCGCUGACGGAAAAAGAGAUCGAGUUAGGUUCAGAGAAUCUGUUGAUACCCCAAAAGGCGGAAAAGAGCCCAAAACGGACCAACAUUUUCAGAAGCCAAUCCGAAUUGAACAACUUCGAGCUCUCCUCGUCCGAGCGUCAUGGAAGACACUUGACUUCACAUGCUGAAGACUUUGUGUGCGCCUUCAACACCAAUUUAUCCUCGAAUAUUCCGACGAGAAGGGAUGUUCCUGCUCCUGCUAGACUUGAAAGUCCGUCCAAGGUGGCAGACAAAUCGAACUUGAGGAAGGACUCCGAUGCAACGAAUUUGGGAGAAAUUUCCCAGGGAAAUACGAACGAUUCAGAAGUUCAAUCGAAUUCAUCGAUACCCAUCGAUCGAGUCGAAAUAACCAGAAAAGGAAUGGUUCACUCGGAAGAAGAUGUCAAGAGUGAUCAAUCCGCGAUAGGGAUUUCAGAUGGCCCCGAGCAGAAUCUAACGGAAACAGAUAUUCUGCUGCGGAAAGUAUCGGACACGUUGUCAAAUUCUCUGCCAUCGCCACCAUCAACACCGACACACCCACCAGAUCUAGAAUGUCCCCAAAAGCAGCUAAAAACAACCCCCGUUGCAACCGAAAGUUUAUUAAACAAAGCAGCAGAGGCUCUGCACGAAGUCCAAUCCACCGAGGCCGUAAAUUCUGUCAGUACGGUACAUUCAGCGAAAAAAGAGCCAACAUCUUCGGAUAUUUCCGUUUUGAGAGCCAGCACACCAAAUGCAACGAUGGUACACCAGCAGGACACCUCCGAUUACGUAUCAGCAACGGGUGAAGAUUUGUCGAUAACUGAUUGGGAGUACCAAUUACCAGCACCUCCUUCAGCAUUUCGAGAUUCAGAUUCAUCGACCCUUGAGGGCUACGAAACGAUCACUCUGAGAUCAGUGGAAGCUUUCAAGGAUACUCCAGGAUCUGCAAAGGCGGACCAACCACUCAUCAGUGGGACGAUCCCGCAUGAGGAUCCAAAGUCCAAGGAUAAAAAGAUGAAAUUAUGCUCAAAUCCUUUGAAAACCAAUCCUAAACAAUCAAGGGCACCAGAAAACGAGGGAGAACACGUUGAGAAAAUGCCCACACCGGUAGAGAAACGCUCGCAGGUAAACCACAUCCCUAAAGAGAUUUACAGAAGUACCGCAGAUCUCUCCCUUCAGAAGGAAGUGAUCUCCGAGCUGGAGAGCAAGAUCGAAACCGGAUGCUUGAACCAUCACUCUAAUUCCAAGUCGAGCGAAUUGGAGGCAAAGAAGACGCCAAAUGGUCGGUCUGCUCCCAAGAUCGCGCCCGUCGACAAUACCUUGUCGAACUUCACCAUCACCACGUAUUCUAGGCAGAGGAGUUUGGACAUCUAUGACGAAGGUGAACAGCAAGGUGUUUCGCUGGUAAAACAUGUCGAAGAGAGGCCAACGAAGAGUCCUGCGGGGGUGGAGAAGGAGAAGGUCUCGUCCGAGAGGUCUGAUGACACUAUGCGACCUCAGAAUGGGACAGCCAUUGUUGGUGUCGUUCCUGGUGGCGGCCCUCUCGUCCGUAAGCCGUUUUUCUCCAGCUCGCAGAACGUGGAUCACAUCUCUUCCAGUGAUCUGGACUUGAAAAAGCCGGAACCAAAGAGCUCCCUCAAGCCGCAAGAUCCUCUGUUGAGGCAUCAGUCAUUUAACGGUGACGUUGAGAGGUCUAAUAACGUCCACAGGUCCAAGAGUUAUAUCGCGUUGUCUAAUAACAUCAAGUACAGGGGAAACGACGAAAGAGAUGCGGUCUUUAUUGAAGGGUCUAAAUCAAGGGAUGAUGAAGAGGGUAUGAAGAAAUCCGUCAGCGUGACCAAUUUAAGUCGGGAGGCUCCCAGGAGUAACGAGAAGUUCUCCCAGUGGAGGGAUAACAUUCUGAAACGCCAGGAAGAACCCACGAAAGAGAAACAGCUCCAAUCCUUACAGGUUCUGAAGAGCAUUUUGCCGCAGUUGAAGAAUACUCAACAGGCGGACGAAAGUGUGUUCCGGGAAUCCAAUGAAGCGCCCGUCGUCGAGGACAAAAGACAAAAAAGUCUGUCCAGCGAACGUUCGGUGGAACCGAACGUGUCUUCGGGCGUGGAGACCCGGUCGCCAUCGGAGCCCCAAAGGUCGAGAAACGAGGAGCAGACAAAACGUUACUCCUACACGGGUCCUCCAACCAUAAGUCUAGGUAGCUGGUCCGAGAGACCCUGUGUGAAUGUCCAGAUAAAAAUGGACACCGACUACAAGUUCGGGAGGAACAAUGCCUCGGGACCGAAGACAAUCGUGAGCUUGAACGGGACCAGGGACGAGAGGGAUCCAUCACCCAGCAAGCCCAGCUCCCCUAAAACGUUGCCAAAGAGAACCGUGACGAACGGUCACCUGGACAGUGAUACCGGUCCCGGGGACCAGUCGGAAACGAGGUACCAGGACGAGUUGGCAAGAAAGUCGACGGCCCACGCCACGGUUGCAGGUUUCAAAAGGCCAGUGCUGAAGAAGGUCGGCGUUCCGGAACCCAGGUCGAAGAUCGAAGAUAAAUCCUUAGCCGGACCGGAGCCCAAGGGGUCGCCCGAGGAUAAUCGCGAGAUCUUGAGGACGGAGGAGAACGGCGAGGUCGACGAAAAGCCCCUGAACUUCAGGGAACUGACUCGAGCCUUCGGUCAGGAUGUCUGUCCGAGGACGAAGCCGAAGACGGUCUUGCAGAACCGACAUUCGGAUUAUUACGGCACCAAGCCGGAGAUCGUUCCGAAUUUCACCAAGGUCAAUCAAAAUGGGUUCUCCAGCGCAAUUCCCAAACGAGUCGAGCGGGUCAAUGGGGUCACCAUGAACGGAAUCUCGAGCAAUGAGUCUGGAGCGGUACCGGUUAAGAAGUAUACCACCGUUGUUGGUAUCCACUCGCAGGGUCCGAAUUAUUCCUCGCAAAGUGGGAACUUCACCCUGAAGAGCGGCCUCACCACGACGAAGGUCAAUGGACCCAUGCCGGUCGUUAAAGGGUUCAAAGUACCGAUGGCUCGCGUCGAGUCAAAGAUCAUCAACGUCAAGCAAAACGGUUUCGUUGCUGGGGAAAGACCCGAGGCGGUUCCGCAACCUCCGAAGCCUCCAACUAUGCCUGUUAUCACAGGUGUGACCUUGAAGAACGCCAGUGCUAGGCCCAAAUCUAUGCCCGCUAAUCUGGAUCCCAGAGACCAGCUCCUGGAGUCCAUUAGGAACUUCGGCGGGCGCGAUAGGUUGAGAAGUACUGCCGAGAGAUACUGAACCCGAAGAAGAAGCGCCGAGCGAACUUCGCAGUGCGGGAGUUCGGUCGCACGAAAUAGACUGAUCGUACACUGGGAGACAUCAAUGCCCUCCCAUCCUGCACAGGCGAUGCCGUGACUGCAGGGGAGGCAUUCAUGUCCGCCAUUGUACAUAGAGUUUAAGCAGCGCGCGAAGGUUUCGCCGGUUUAACUUGGGACCCCCUCGUAGGCGUGAAACGUUAUAUUUUUUUUUUUCUGGAGGUGCCAUUCGGGCUGGGUCCUGGAAUGAGCGCGUCCAACAACCUUCCUCGCGCCGUCCCUUUGUUUCUUAUAUUUAACAAACGCUCGAGAAAUCAAAAUGCACGAUAAGCGAGAGCGCGAGACACUCCACUAGGCGAUGGGAGAAAAGGGAGUCGUGUAAUCGAACUUUUCUAUCAUAGAUUAUUGUCGGAAUCGAGGAAUCAAGGCGACUCUUGGGUGCUGCGUUGAUCCGUACAAUUGUUAAGCAAAAAGGGAAGGAAUUAAGUGAAUAAACCACGAGCGAACAGUGGAAUAAUCGCGGACAGAGAGCCGCGGAAAAUCGGGUAGUCAUUAGCGAAUAAAAUAGAUGAAGAUGCUUUUGGUUCUUUUCCGAGCGAAGUCGCUGCGAUCGUUUCAGUCAUCGAGGGAUAUUUUAAUCAUUUAUCUGACAGCUCUCCGCUGGUAUUUCGGGACUUCUGGUAAAGCGAUUAUUCCACGCGGAUUGUACCUAACGCUUUAUGUAUGUACAACUAGACUGGCAAUCGUGGUAAAUUGCCAAAAAAGAGUUCUGUUAUAUCCCAUGUAAAUAGCGUCGAAUUAAAUGUUAAUGAUUCCGGGCGACUGGGAUAGGUGAAUCGUAUCCUUCUUAGAAAGGACACCACGGUCGCCUGGAAGAGGUCCUUCGGGAAACUGUAAAAAGCGAGGAAUCCUUAUAUCGUUUAUCAUUUGCUCAUUCUUUCGAGGAACUCGAAGGAUCGCGGAAGUCGCGCGUUAAGCAGACCUGCAUGUCUCUUCGAAACAGUUUUAUCUAAAAUUUUAUAUAAAAAGUAUUUUAUGUAAAAAGAUGUUUAUCGUUCCUUUCCAGUCGUUAAUCAACAGGCAUACGCCUGCAGCAGAUAUUGCGAUUAUGAAGUUAUCAAGGCCUCAAAGAUGUGAAUUAAGCAUCAGACAUUUUGAAAUUAUUAUACAGAAAUAUUUGAACCAGAUAUUUUUUCAAAGAAAUAUUUUAGUAACACUUUGAA